GCGCGAGAGAAGGUCUGUGGAAAAGAAAAAGACAAAACUAUUCAAAUGAGCCGAAUGUAAAGAGAUUUGAAGCAAAUAAUUGAAUAUGCACAAGCACAUGAUUUAUAGCAACUUGAACAUACUAAACUUGCCAAACCGUUGUAAAAAGAUAAAUUUACAGCUGUAACACCGUAAAAAAGUAUAUGAAACAACUUACUGACGUUUCGGACGUUAAUCCUUCGUCGGAAGAGAUGAAACUAGGAUGAAACGUCAGUGAGUUGUUUCUCCUACUUUUUACGGUGUUAAAUUUAUCUUUAUAAAGAUUCCUCGCGACAUGAAUGCACACCGCACGCGUAGAUCAUGGAGUUCAACCUACCUACAAUGCUGACUUUGUGUAUACAUCUAUAUUUAUCUUUAAGUAAAGCUGCAAAAGCUGUAUUUAUGUAGCUAGAUUCUCAUAUAUUAAUAAUUUUGCAAUCAGUCUUUAAUUUCUAGUUGCUUUUUGCUGUCUAAUGUAAUCAUUUACAGGACUCUAUUUAAAGCAAGACGGUUGAACUCUAGUGUACUUACAUGUAUGAAUAUUGCUUUUAUAUAGAUAAACAAAUAGAUAUGAUACAUAAGUAUCGUCCCGACAAGAAGGCAUAAAAAGUUAUAGCGCCAAAAUUCUAUUCUAAUGAACUGUACUGAUGUCUUCCACUAAAGUGAGCGCUUAAUAUAUUAUAUACAUGUCAUGUAUGCUCAGAGUUCAUCCAAUUGCAAGGGGGAAUGCCUCGAGUCGCCUUAAAUAAAUUUACAAAUAGAUUCAUACAAGCUAAGCCCGCUUGCACUCAACCAAAUAGUUCUAGAAGCACCAAACCUUGUAUUACUAGAUGUAUAUAAGUAAAAUAUUAAUUACUACUGCUACUUGUUAUGCUUGAUUAGCAUUGUAGUGACUACAAACAGCGGGAAAAUAGCAAGUAAUCGGGAUUCCUGUCAUUCGGACAAAUACCACUUUUUAUCUCCUUCCAAUUUCGAUUUCAACCAAUCAUGAUGCGAUUUAUGGUUAUUGAAAUAAGACACAGGAAAUACUAUUAAUCUACGAUAUGGGAACUCAUAUUCAGUUUGUUUGUACAUUUUACGCCAGUAACUGAACGAAGGUGGUGUUUAUAAUUAAGAAAACUAGUUUUUCCAGACUUUAGCUGAGCAAUCUCAUACGGACACCUUUUUAAGUGGCGAGUUCAAUUUGCCGUUUCAAUUUUCGCAUAGAUUAGACAGCUGCGAGUAAAAUUCAGCUGCUCUUUUCAAUCAUUAUCAAAAUGUCUACUUAAAGACAAAAAACCUCAGAAUCUUACUGCAUGGUCAUGCUCAAAAUGUCCGCGAACACAUCUCGUAUAACUUCAAUGGAAAUAUCAGAAUUCGAAUAUACAUUGAAAACCAAUCUUCAUUUAAGGGAUUAUACUUCGGCCAUGAUUGGUGUCAAUGCAAUAAGCGCCGUCUGCACUUCAGUGUUAAACUUCUUGGUCAUUCUGACUUUUGCUAAGAAUCGAACAUUACAGUCUACGUCAGCCAAUAUCCUGAUUCUUUGUCUGUCAAUAGCGGAUUUUAUAGUAGGCUCGUUUAUGCAGCCUGUGCAUUGUAUUCAUUUAACUGCAAUGCUUAACAAUAAUGUCAAACUCUCAGAAACUACUUCAAGGAUUUAUUUGCAAAUCUUCACGCCGUUGGUAUCGACAUCGUUUUUUACGAUAACGGCUAUAACGGCCGAUCGUUUUCUUGCCGUUCGUCUACACUUACGGUACAAGGAACUUGUCACUACAAGGAAGACAUAUGUGGUUUGUAUGAUUAUUUUCGGCAUAAGCUUUACGUGGGGUAUAGGUUCGAUAUAUUGGACAAAAACCCUUGCAGUUCGAAUGAUCGACAACACAGUGGCGCUGUUUCUUAUUAUUUUGAAUCUCUGUUUAAUGGGCAAGAUUUCAAAAGUAGUUCGCAGGCACUCGAAACGGAUCCACUCCCAAAGACAAACAACACAGCAGACCGGCAUCAAUAUACCAAGAUUCAAGAAAACAGUUAAUACUAUGUAUUACAUAAUGGGGAUAUUUUUGCUGUGCUACGCACCAACUCUCGGUGUGAUUAUCUUUAAUACUUUCGUUCCUGAAACUGUUACAUUGAAAAAGUUUGUUUUGAAUACUUUAGCGGAUAGUUUAUUAAUGUUAAAUAGUUUACUUAACCCUAUUAUUUACUGCUGGAGAAUCCAAGAAAUGCGUUGCGCUAUAUACAAAUUAUUACAAAGUCUUAGACGCCUUUUUGCCAAACCGGCAGCCAGCCCGUCAACCGCCCAGAGGAUAAUUUCAAUUCCUUAAAACGUGUUGCCUGUAGAUGGCAGAAUUUGAUUGCUUUUUCAAGUACCUGUUUGAAGUAAUUUUUAAGAUUAAUAGCUCUUAUUCGUCGUGACAAUGACCGCAUCAACUUUUGCCAAAACGAAAACGAUAAGUAUCUCUCCGCAAAAAACAUUCGGUUUGACACUGCCAUUGAAAUGUUGUUUUUUUUUUUAGUUUUUCUAUCGAUAUCAUUGACAUUUUAUUAGAUAGCUUACUAAAAGUAUCUUCAAUAGGAUGAUAAUAUAUGCCAUUGACUCUAUGCGUAUCUAUGUUUUCGAGUAAAGUGUCAUUUUAAUUACAGGCAAGAUACUUGAUGUGAAUUAUAUGUAAUAUUAUACAAACAAUGUAUUCUAGGCCGAUGCAAGGCCGUUCAUGUCAUAUUGUUAUAUAAUGAUAAAAAGAGAGCAAAUAUACUAACAAAAAACGAGAGACAAUGUCGCUAGAUUUUUAAUGUUAUACGUUAUUGAUUAAUACGGAGAGGAAGCGAAAUAGAAUAUUUCCACAAACAUUUCAGAAAAGAAAAACAAGAAGAAUAAACAGACCUCAAUAGGGAGAGACUGAAUGAAAAGAUCCGCUGCACAGCGGGACCGAUAUCCGUUGUAAUCGAUAUGUUAUUUGUAUGCAAAUUUCGAA